AGUGACAUUUGAAAUUACAAGACCAGAAGACGAAUUUUGGCCGACUUUCGAAGACACAUAAAAACAGUACAUUUUCCAAUCGGCUGCAUAUGUUUCACUAAAUAUGGCCAUUCCUGCUGGGAAUAAUGUACACGACAUAUAUUAUGAUAAUUCUGAAUGGAAACCAAUAAGUUUAACUCUUGUGGAAUAUCCCAAAGAAGAUCUGUUUGGACAAAUUCUAGCAUGGCUAAGUUUAGCACCACUUGCAAUUGGAGCCGGUUUUGUAUCUUUAAUAUUGUUUAGAAGAGAUUUACAUACAAUAACGUUCUUUAUAGGGACAUUAUGCAAUGAGUUUUUAAACAUGACAUUAAAAAUGUGGAUACAACAACCUCGACCAGUUGUACGAAAAGGUUUCUAUUCUGAAUAUGGCAUGCCUUCCAGUCAUGCACAAUUUAUGUGCUUCUUUUCUACUUAUUAUUGCUAUUUGUUUCAUGUUAGCUCAAACUCUGCUCUAGAAAGAUGUUAUCGAGUAGCAAUAGUAGGUUUUUGUUGGCUUGUGACAUUUUUUGUUUGCAUAGGCAGAGUUUACUUAUUAUACCAUACAAUAUCCCAAGUCCUUUGGGGUGCUCUAGGAGGAAUUCUUUUUGGUUUAUAUUGGUUCAGCUUUACACAUAUUGUGUUGGGCCCACUGUUUCCUCACAUCGUGUCCUGGAAAAUCUCAGAGAUUCUUUUACUUCGUGAUACUACUCUGAUACCUAAUGUGUUAUGGUUUGAAUACACAGUUACAAGACAAGAGGCAAGAUCUCGAGCUAGGAAAUUAAAUGGAAAGAUUCGCUGACAAUGACCAAUACGGGACUGUUUCAUUUUAUAACAUUCCUGAUGGCAAAUACAGAUGUUAAUUUAUUUGUUUUAAAUAAGUACAUAGAACUUCUCUAAUAGUGAGAUAUGACGAAGUAGUGACACUUGAAAAUUAGUCUAAGGAGAUGGUUUUUGUGCAGGAUAAACUUAGUUAUUAUAGUGUGUUACGUGAAACGAGUGAAAGUAAGCUUGAACAAUAUUAGUAAAAAAUCUUCGUAUAUUCUCAAAUUAUGGGGUCCAUAACAAAGCCUUUAUGAAGGAUGCAAGUAUCUCCAUAGGUUUUGAGGAAAUAUGUUAAUCAAAAACUUUACAAGGUUAAUCAAAAUUACUUGAGAAAAGCAGAAGCAUAAAAUAUAAGUCUUGUUUAUAUCUCAGCAUUAAUCUUGAUAACAACUGUUCAUAUCUCUGAAACAUAAAAUUACUUAAGCAUAAUUCUAUCAUAAAUAAUAACUGUUCACUUUGCAUGCAUAGUAUGUAUAGCAUUAAGGAAUAAUC